AGCACUGGAGAACCUGGCUGGCUGGGCUUGGAGGAGCUCCUGCCUCCCAGCCAGCACUUCUCAGGUGUCCUGCUGUUGCAGAGCUGUGCGAGGCGAGCUGGGCUCUCCUGGCAGCUCCCCCUUCCCCGCCUCCAUGCCCAUCCUCUGAGCACCCCUGGGCACCCAUGCACCCUCCCGGGGACCACUCUGCACCAUGAAUGACCAGUACCACCGAGCAGCUCGGGAUGGCUACCUGGACCUCCUGAAGGAAGCCACCAAGAAGGACCUGAACUCUCCGGAUGAGGAUGGGAUGACCCCGACGCUAUGGGCUGCCUACCACGGCAACCUGGACGCCCUGCGCCUCAUUGUCAGCAGAGGGGGUGAUCCAGACAAAUGUGACAUCUGGGGGAACACCCCUCUCCACCUGGCAGCAGCCAACGGCCACCUGAACUGCCUCUCCUUCCUCAUCUCUUUUGGGGCCAACAUCUGGUGCCUGGACAACGACUACCACACCCCUCUGGACAUGGCGGCCAUGAAGGGGCACAUGGAGUGCGUGCGCUACCUGGACUCCAUCGCCGCCAAGCAGAGCAGCCUCAACCCCAAGCUGGUGAGCAAGCUGAAGGACAAGGCCUUUCGGGACGCCGAGAGGAGGAUUAAGGACUGCGUGAAGCUGCAGAAGAAGCACCACGAGCGGAUGGAGAAGCGGUACCGGAAGGAGAUGUCCGACAACUCGGACACCAUGAGCUUCUCCAGCUACUCGAGCAGCACCCUGAGCAAGAAGUUCCAGCACAUGUCUAUGGUGACCUCCCUGCCAUACUCGCAAGCCACCCUCCACGGCACAGCCAAGGGAAAGACGAAAAUCCAGAAGAAGCUGGAGAAGAAGAAGCAGGUGGACGGGACCUUCAAGAUCUACGAGGACGGGAGGAAGAGCGUCAGGUCCCUGUCCGGCCUGCAGCUGGGCAACGACAUCAUGUUCGUGAAGCAGGGCACCUACGCCAGCCCCAAGGAGUGGACGCGGCGCAACAUCAGGGACAUGUUCCUGACGGACGAGGACGCCGUCUCCCGUGCCAUAAGCGACCCGGGUUUGCACAUGGACUCUGCCCACUCGGAAGUCAGCACCGACUCCGGCCACGACUCCCUGUUCAACCGCCCGGGGCUGGGCACCAUGGUGUUCCGGCGCAACUACGUCAGCAGCGGCCUCUUCGGCAUCGGCCCGGAGGAGCCUGGCACCCUGGGCGAGGACCACGCGGAGGGGGUAGGAGUCCAACUGCGCAGCCGCCUGCAGCGCUCGCCAAGUCUCAACGACAGCAUUGGCAGUGCCAACAGCCUGCAGGAGAGGAACGCGGAGGAGCUGCCCUGGGACGAGGCGGAGCUGGGCUUAGACGACGACGACGAGCCGGACACCAGCCCCUUGGAGACUUUCCUGGCCUCCCUGCACAUGUCUGAGUUCGUUUCCAUCUUGAAGAAGGAAAAGAUCGACUUGGAGGCCCUCAUGCUGUGUUCAGACAACGACCUGAAGAGCAUCAAUAUCCCCUUGGGCCCCAGGAAAAAGAUUGUGGAUGCCAUCCAGAGGAGACGGCAGACUCUGGAGAAGCCAGAUGUCAUUGUAGACACUGAGCUAUAGCAGCAGCAUUUUUACUUUUAUUUUUUAACGAUGAAGAGUCAAACCCAGUUCUAAGUUGCCAGAAAACACAAGCCAGAGGCUCCUUUCCUGGGGCAGCUGAAAGCUACAGCCAUCCCCACCAGUCCCUCUGGACAGCCCUCCUGCCCCCUCACUCUGCUCCCAGUCUGUGCAAUGCUCCCAGGCGGU